UGCGAGACGGUCUAUCGUCUAACAAAGUAUUUAUUGUGUUGUCUUUUGCCGCCAGAACGUUAGUCUGCUCGGGGAAUUCGAAUCGAACGGAACAUACAUACUAGCGAUACCGUCGAUGAAAAACCGCCCUCGCUGCGCUGUUAGCCGGAUUCGGGGAAAUCGAAUGCCCGUUGGAUUCUCGGAAAUACACACUGUACUGUAGGUGUGUCAUCGCAGUAGUUGAGUGUGCGUUCCGUCUGCGAUCGUUGGUCGAUGCCGGGAUGGCGGUGGCGGCAACCAGGAAAGGUCAAGUUUCGUGAGUUGAACUGUUUCUGACGGCACCCUCGGGAUUAGGACGAGCCUGUUGGGCCGAACUCGGAUCGUACGUUGGCUCAGCUUGAUUCCGCAAUCAAAGUUUAUGCAGUGCAACCGUGGCUUAGCGUGGCGGAAUAUUUUGUUCACAGUAACGCGGAGGUAGUGGUCGUGUAUGUGAAUAAACUGAAACUACUGGAAGUAGUUUCCUACUGUUGUAAAGUUUUGGAAGUUGUUCGAAGAUUGUGUUGCAGUAUGCAUUGAGUUAGUUUGUGUGAUGUAAGGUGUGAAUUAAAAUUAUAUGGUUACUUUCGGCACACUGUUGGGAUAAUACUAGUUGAUAAGUUCUUUACGACGAACCAUCGAACAAAGAUGUGACAGAUUCAUUCCCUGGAUUAUAACGACGCGAAUGCUCGCAGUGAGUGCGGCUAAUAACAACAUAAUAGGGUAAUCAAAUUGCCUAGAUGGAAGCGCAGUGAUGAAACACUGAAGAUUAAAGCCAUUUCCAUGUGGAAAUAUAGAUGGAAAAUUAGCUCAUCGGUAGCUAAUAGCAUCUCUGUGUUUCGUUUCGUGAAUGUGUAAGCAGCCCACUAACCAGUGGCAAUAAUCUGUCGCCAUGAAGCAAUCGGAAUUCAAAAAUAUACCGGACAAUUUUCUAUCGACGGUGGCUCAGGUGGUGCUCGGGAUUGUGGGAGACCACAACGAAACGUUACCGGGAGACUACAGCAGCCCGAUGCUGAAGCCGGUAGUCGCUCGGAUUUAUCCCAUAUUCAUCGUGAUGUACGCGAUACCGGCUGCCCUAGGUAUCGCCACCAAUGUGCUGAUAGUUUCCUACAUCAGCAAGUAUCGGUUGCACCGGGACGCGACCCAAGCCUUCAUCGUCAAUCUGGCCGUCUGCCACACGGUGCAGUGUGCAUUCGUGCUUCCGAUUUCGCUCAUGGUGAUGCUGAUCCAGAACUGGAUUUUUGGCCAAUUCAUGUGCUUUUUUCUGCCGCUGCUGCAGGACAUUCCCCUGCACGUGGCCAUGAUUUCGCAUCUGCUGAUUGCAUGGGAUCGGAAGCGGUGGCUCACGGAUCCGCUCAAGGCCCGCCUGCCAGCAUUUGUGUGCAGCUGCGCCUCCUGGCUGGCCGGGAUGGUCAUCGCUCUUCCCUACCCAAUCUAUACGACCUAUCUGGAUCUGGGGAAAUAUGUCCCCAAGUUCGAAGGCGUAGGAAUUUGUGCCGUCAAUCUGGUUGAUGAUAUGCAGGAGUACAUGAGAGGAUUAUUCGUAAUUAUGUAUUGCGGCCCGAUGACGCUGCUGGGCUAUUUGUACAUUCGGACGUCCCGCGAAUUGCGACCCCCCGACGGGCCACUGUCUAUCAUGAUGUUCGAGGCUAGAGCCGAAGCGAGAACCAAGCAAAUCCGUGCAAGUCGAAGUGGUUCGAGCGGAGGCGGCACCGGUACAGGAUCCGGUGCCAACCUGAGCAGCAACUCGCGAACGUACGACCUGUACGAUGCGGAGCUGGAUGUAAAUCGGGAGAAACGAACUCAGCGCCAUCUGGGAGCAAUGGCAUCCGCCCAAGUGCUGUGCGUUUGCCCCCUGAUGAUUCUUAGGUUGGCUCGGAUGACCCUGGUGGAGACGUACGAGAAUCAGGCCCACUUCGACAUCACGUAUCUGAUGUUCGUAUGGUUCGCGUUCCUGCCGACGGUUAUUGUUCCCUGGAUUUACGCCAGCUGGGUGCUGUCGAGACCCGCCAAAGAGCGUCUCCGAGGCUACCUACGGUUAUCCUCCAGGAGAAACACCGCCACAAAGUCCGAGCCAUCCGUCGAUGAAGGUAAUUCCCCACCAGGCAUUAAGACACCGCUUUCCACACAGAUGUCCACCAUAAGCAGUAACCAUCCAGUAUCGGCAGUGACACCAGCCGCGCCCAUUGCUACGGUUACCGACAAUAACAAGUCACAAGCUGCAGUACAGCAGAACCGGUUCAAAACAGCGCCGUCAAUCGAUCGAUCCAAAUCACCGGCUGAAAGCAGUAUCCCUAUGCAGCAAUCCUUCGUGGAGAGCAAUAGCACCGUGCAGAGCACGCUUCCAACAGGUCGGCCGAAGCGACAACUGCCCCCGCCACUACGAAUCGAACAUAGUAACUUUAGUAAGACUCCAUCAACGAGAAGCCGCAGCUCGUCCGGUUCAGCGGUUCAGCGAUCGUCACUUCGAUCGACCCACAGUCGAGCGAACUCGAGCAAUGAAACAGUCCCGGCUUACAGUAGAAAUUCCGUCAUAGAAGCCGCCGAAGAGGACGACGACUGUUGCUCAUCACUGGUAGGACAAGGUUCCAACAUUACCUCUAGCACCUACUGCAACAUAAACGAACGUGAAGUAGUUGCUCCCGAAUUUUACAAACCCAUUCCGAAUGCCCUAAGAAAAAACUCCCAAAACAAAUCCUCUUCCCCGUUUUACCAAACGGCAAUCGAUGGAGACAUGAAUACCGUGGAUUCCGAUUCGGACACCUACAGAGGCAAAAUUGCCCGUUACGGAUCACUUUCCAAGCAAGACUCCGGCAUCCUCAAGACAGCCCCUUCUAUAGUCUCAGUUUCCGAGAGUGAAUACUCCUCCCGGAAAGGUUCACUCAGUACGCUCUCCCGAGAUAUGGAGAUAAUCGACCAGUUGGAGCGGGAACGCAGUAUGGACAUCCAGGAGAUGAUUCAGCGGGAGAAAAACUACGAACACUAUCUAGCGCGACAGAACUCCAAACUAAAGUUCUCCACCAACUUUGACGACUACUUCGAGGAGGAACCGACCCAGCAACCGAUCGCUCUGCCUCCAAAACACCGCUCCGUUUCACCACACGUUUUUCGCAACGGCACGAAUCGACGCAGUAGCAACCUUAGCUAUUCCUCCGCCAAACGGGACAGCGGUUACGAGCAAUCGCUGGCCGGAACACCUCCAUCACCGGUAGUGCUACCAACGCCACCACCGGUACUCCCGCCCUUACAGCAAACCAUAACAGCGACCAGCGAUUCCGGUUAUCCGCAUAGCCGGGUUCCGCGACGGUCGUUGGAACUGGAACGUCAGCGAGUCAUUCGAACGCUCAGCUCACAUUCCAGCCGAAGUUCGACCAAAUCACGCGAUAGAGUGAGUUUUCACGAUGAUAUCUAGUUUGAAGGAGCACGAGGAGCAGUACAAAAUUGUGCCAAAUUAGCUUCACGAAAGACUUAGUCCAGGGGAGAGCCCAAAACAAGGUACGUCGAGGAGUUUGUGAACCGAUAUGUUGGACGUUCGUGAGUUUGGUUUUUUAUUGUACCCUACCCAUAUCAGUAUUUUUAUUCGUAUUACGAAAUAACUGAAUUUGUUCUCGGAUUUGGGAGUGGAGACCAACUGUUUGGAUCAAAUUCCUCGUGUGUGCGAUGCGAUUGCAUGAAUACGUACUUGCACAAUUAGAAAACGAUGAAGUUAGAUUUUAGAAUGAAAAAAAAUAUAAGGCUGUUGAUCUCUGUAUAGAUUUAGUGAAGGAGGAUUUGGACAACGCAAAGUGAUGGCUAAAAUAUAAAGAAAUUCGUUCCGCUUUAAAUCGGUACGUCCUAUUCUCAGAUUGCCAACGUGAGUAACAUAAUGAUAGGUAAUCUUUUCGCAACGUUUCUGCCAACAACAAAUAUGUUUCGCUGUGGACUAAAAAAAUAAUCCUGAGAAAUGGAAUUUAACAAUUUUAACACGUUCGAAAUUUUUGACAUUUAUCACUUUUAUUCAUGACAUUUAUUAUAUUUCUGUCAUUUAUGACAUUCAUGACAUUUUUGACAUUUAUGACAUAUAUGACAUUUAUGACAUUUAU